AUGGCUGAUGAAGCAGGAGCAGCAAAAGAACGCAAGAUCCUGGUAGCUGUAGAUGAGAGUGAGGAGAGCAUGUAUGCUCUUACAUGGUGUCUCAAGAAUGUAUCGGUUUCUAGCAAUUCCAAAGAUACUCUAAUCCUCCUCUAUGUUAUGCCUCCUAGAACUGUCUACACUGCUCUUGAUGGCACAGGAUAUUUGUUUUCUUCUGAUAUCAUGGCAACUAUGCAGAAGUACAGUAAUGAUGUGGCUGAUUGUGUUAUAGAGAAAUCCAAGAGGAUGUGUAGAGAACAAGUUCAAGAUGUUAAGGUGGAGACAAUAAUAGAGCAUGGUGACCCAAGGGAUGCCAUUUGCCAGGUGGCAGAGAAGUUGCACGUUGAUAUGCUGGUGAUGGGCAGCCAUGGAUAUGGUCUGAUCAAGAGGGCAUUUCUUGGAAGCGUGAGCAACCAUUGCGCACAGAAUGUAAAGUGUCCAGUUCUGAUUGUGAAGAGGCCCAAAGCAAGUUCUGGGAGCAGCUGA